AUGCGUUUCUUCACUUCUUUCGCUGUCGCCGCUCUGGCUGCUGUCGCUGCUGCCAACAGCAAGGCCAACCCUUUCAACAUCCCCACUGAUGGCUACACCUUCAAGGUGGGCGAGCCCACCACCUUCACCUGGAAGCCCACCACCAGCGGCACUGUCACUCUGCGCCUUCAGUGGGGUGCCGUGACCACUGCCACCUCUGGCACUGCCAUUGCCUCCAGCAUUGAGAACUCGGGUAGCUACACCUGGGACGUGCCCUCCAACUUGGCCGCCCAGCCUGACUACACCAUUGAGAUUAUCUCUGACGAGGACUCGGAUGACUACAACUUCAUCGGUCGUUUCACCGUUGAAGGCGCCACUGUCUCCGUUUCCUCGGCCACCGCUACCUCGACUACUUCCGCUCACUCAACCGAGUCCACCAGCUCCGCCACCCCAACUACCACCUCGGAGUCGACUUCCAGCACCAGCGCUAGCUCCAGCACCGCCACCACCCUGACCACUGCUUCCAGCACCUCGGCGUCAACCUCCGCCAGCACCUCUGCUAGCACUUCCGCGACCACCGAGAGCUCCAGCUCCGCCACCUCUUCCACUGCCGCGACCUCGUCCUCUGCCUCGCAGAGCGCCGUGCCCACCACCGACACCGGCGCUGCUGUCGCGAACCGUGUUUCGGGCGGCAUGCUGGCCCUCGUCGCCGGUGCCUUCUUGCUGUAA